UAUCAGUGUGAUCGUCCAGAAGAUGACCCUAAGGAUUCUGUGAGUGGGGAAAGUCACAGAAUUCAAAGUGAGGGAAGGCUGUUUGAAUGUUCUCAUUGCAAGAAAGGCUUCCCGCAGAGAAGAAAUUUGGUGAGCCACCAGAAAUCUCAUACUGGAGAGAAACCGUACAAAUGCUCUCAGUGUGGGAAGUGCUUCCGUCAGAGAAAAAAUUUGAAUACACAUCAACGGCUUCAUACUGGAGCUAAACCGUACAAAUGUUAUCAAUGUGGAAAAUGUUUCAGCCUGGGAAAUUAUUUGAAAAAACACCAACGCAUCCAUACUGGAGUCCAAGCAAAACCAUAUAAGUGCUCUCAGUGUGGGAAGUCCUUCUACCAGAAAAAAUGGUUGCUGGUCCAUCAGCGGAUUCAUACCGGAGAGAAACCGUACGAAUGCUCUCAGUGUGGGAAGUGCUUCAGUCAGCAAGGACACCUGAUGAACCACUGGAGAAUUCAUACUGGGGAGAAACCAUACAAAUGCUCUCAGUGUGGGAAAUGCUUCAGUGAUCAAGGAAUCUUGAUGAGGCACUGUAGGAUUCAUACUGGAGAGAAACCAUAUACAUGCCUGGAGUGUGGGAAAAGCUUUGGGCGGAGCUACCAGUUGAAAAAGCAUCGGAUGAUUCAUACUGGAGAGAAACCGUGUGGUGGAAUGAAAGGCCCAAAUCAUGGCAGUUCAUCAUUUCUGGCUGAAGGGCUAGAAAUGAGCCAAACUGGUGUGGGAGAGGACCAAAAAAGCCCGAAGGAGACCAGCCUGUCGUUGCAGGUUGUCAAGCGGAGUCUCUCCCAACCGGGCCUGGAGACCAUGGUCUGGCAUGUUUUUCAGGAGGAUGCUUCCGGGAACAUGGAUUCUUUGGAUGACACGAUGGGAAGGCAGGUCAAGAUGGAGGAUCCUCACUGGGAAAGAAAUGAGCCGAUAGAUGUCCCCAGAACUGCUGCCCCGGCAAACCAAGUGAACCUGCUGAAGAGAAUUGAGAUAAGUGAGGAAGAAUGUGGAUUGAAAGAGGAUACUGGAGAGAAACCAUACAAAUGCUCUCAGUGUGGGAAGUGCUUCAGUCAGAGAAAAGAUUUUAAUACACAUCAACAGAUUCAUACUGGAGCUAAACUGUACAAAUGUUAUCAAUGUGGAAAAUGCUUCUGCCUGGAAAGAUAUUUGAAAAGACACCAAGGCAUCCAUACUGGAGCCGAAAGAAAACCUUACAAGUGCUCUCAGUGUGGGAAAUCCUUCAACAAGGGAAAAGCUUUGCUGGUCCAUCAGCGGAUUCAUACCGGAGAGAAACCGUACGAAUGCUCUCAGUGUGGGAAAUGCUUCAGUCAGCAAGGACACCUUAUAAGGCACUGGAGGAUUCAUACUGGAGAGAAACCGUACGAAUGCUCUCAGUGUGGG